CCUAUUCUUCCCGCCAUCUUCUUCAAACGCAUCCCCGUCCAUCCUCCUCCGCCGCCGACGCCGCCAGCCUUUCUCCGGGACACACGCUGGCCUCCGAUUUCUCCAUGAAAUGGGACCUCCAAUCUUCUCCAAAACCAACAAUGAGUACCCUCCUAGAACCCUUCCUCAGAUCGUCUCAAGUCCCAAUUCAGCCCUCCUCCUACGCCGCCGUUUUCCAGGCAUUCACGGGGAAGAGCCUCCUCAAACAAGGACAGCAGCUGCACUCACACUUGCUGCUCCGCGGACUGCGCGGGACCUCCUUCCUCGCAGCCAAAAUGGUCGCCAUGUACGCCAGCUCCGGUGACAUUACCUCCGCGUCCCGCAUUUUCCACUCCACUCCAAAUCCAUCUCCCCUUUUGUUCAAUUCUAUCAUUCGUGCGUUCAGCUUGUACAGAUAUUCUGAGGAGACGCUGCAGGUUUACGUGCGAAUGUGUACUUUGGGUUUUCGCGGGGAUUAUUUCACGUACCCGUUUGUUUUGAAGUCUGUUGCAGACUUGUGCUUUGUUCGCUUUGGGAAGUGUACUCAUGGGUUGUCCAUGAAACAUGGGCUGGCUUUUGAUAUGUAUGUGGGAACUUCGUUGAUCGAUAUGUAUGUAAAAUGUGGUGAAUGCGGUGAUGCGCGUAGACUUUUUGAUGAAAUGCCUGUCAGGGAUGUGGCGUCUUGGAAUGCGUUGAUUUCAGGUUACAUGAGAGAUGGUGCCGUUGAUUUAGCCAAAGAGUUAUUUGAUAAAAUGCCCUUGAAGAAUAUUGUGUCCUGGACGAGUAUGAUUUCAGGGUACACUCAGAAUGGGCUGGCGAGUGAGGCUUUGGAAUUGUUUGAUGAGAUGUUGAAGGAAGACUCAGAAGUGAAGCCCAAUUGGGUGACGAUUAUGAGCGUCUUGCCGGCAUGUGGGCAUUCUUCAGCACUAGAGCGGGGUAGGAGAAUUCAUGGUUUUGCUCAAGAAAAAGGUUUGGACUCUCAUCCUUCGGUACAAACUGCGUUUGUUGGGAUGUAUGCUAAAUGCGGUAGUCUAGUCGAUGCUCGUUGGUGCUUUGAUAGAAUAAAACCAAACUUGAGGAACUUGGUUGCUUGGAAUACAAUGAUUACUGCGUAUGCUUCUCAUGGUCUUGGUAUGGAGGCAGUUCGGACGUUUGAGCAAAUGAUUCAAGCUGGGGUUCAUCCCGAUGGCAUUACAUUUACAGGAUUGUUAUCAGGAUGUAAUCAUUCUGGACUUGUCGAUAUCGGAUUAAGAUACUUCGAGUCUAUGAGUUCAGUAUAUUCUGUGGAGAAAAAGCAUGAGCAUUAUGCUUGUGUUGUCGACCUUUUGGGCCGUGCUGGGAGAUUGGUGGAAGCCUACGAGCUUAUCUCUCAAAUGCCAAUGCAAGCUGGGGCAAGUGCUUGGGGUUCUUUACUGGCUGCCGGUAGAUGUCAUCGCAAUCUAGAGAUAGCAGAACUAGCAGCUAAAAAAUUAUUCAUUUUAGAACCCGAGAAUAGUGGGAACUAUGUUAUACUCUCGAAUAUGUAUGCUGAAGCUGGCAUGUGGGAGGAAGUGAAUCAUUUGAGAGCUCUAUUGAAAUCACAGAAUGUGAAGAAGAAUCCUGGAUGUAGUUGGAUUGAAAUUAAAGGUAAAGCCCAUCUAUUCCUUGGGGGAGAUGCAUCUCAUCCCCAAACAAAGCAAAUUUACUUGCUCCUGGAGGAACUUCCCGAGAAGAUGAAGGCAGCUGGUUAUGUACCAGAUACUAGCUUUGCGUUGCACGAUGUGAGUGAAGAGGAAAAAGAAUAUUCUCUAACAACACACAGCGAAAAGCUGGCAAUUGCUUUUGGGCUCCUUAACACAAGUCCUGGCACAGUUCUCCGAGUUACCAAGAACCUUAGAAUCUGUGGAGACUGCCACACAGCAAUCAAAUUCAUUUCUAAGAUAUAUGACCGGGAGAUUGUUGUGAGGGAUGUAAAUCGCUUUCAUCAUUUUAAAGAGGGGUCUUGCUCCUGCGGAGACUACUGGUGAAAAAAGGAGGACCCGUAAUUUAUCAUCUAAUAUUCACCUCCACAGAUUUGUUGCAUUAAUUCUCUGCACCAGUGCACAAAGGUUACAGCUUGAUUUAUGAAGAACUUUCAGCAUGAGAAAGCAACAUAUAAGGAUUGGCUUCCUCCUCCAUUCAAGGAUUUCACCUUCUACUUGAAGUCAUAUCAAUUGACACUCACCAACUGUAAUGUGAUCGUAGCUUGAAGUAAACAACAUUGAUUGGAGAAGUAGCUUAUUCCAUGGAUGCACAGGGAGCAGAUCUCCAUGUCUGCAGGAUUCAUGCUGAAAUACCCCCUAGUGGAUUGGAAAAGAAAGAGACUUGCAUGCUAGAAGCAUACAGGGAAACUAAGUUCAUGAUUGCAAAAGCAAACGAGGAUCAAGUUGCUCAUUUAAGCUCCAAUAGACUUAAAGUUAGCUUGCAUUUGAGGUGAGUUACCAGUCCCACUAAAAUCAAAAUUGAACUCAGUUUUUUGCCAUUGCACCACUUUACCAGACCUGCAUUUUGGCGGUAAGACAAAAUGUGCAUGUUUUCUCACUGACACAACUACUUACUAUGACAUCUUUGAUUGUGUUCAAUGUUGAAGUUAAUAAAUAUAACAUAUGUAGGAUUUUUGGAAAGACAGUUUGUUGCUGAGAAUAUGUUGCUUCCACUGUAAUGUGAGAUAUGUCUUCCUAUAAAGAUCUU